AUGUCCUUCACUCCCAUCUCGGCCGGCAACAUGGUGGUCACCACCAGCGACCAUGGAGCAUACAUUGUCAUUGCCGCCGUCCUGGGCGUCACAUGGUCCGUCCUCGUCUUGGCUAUCAGGCUAUACAUCAGGCUCCAUCUCAACGGCCCCUUUGGACCAGACGACGCGGCGGCCUCUUUCGGAACCGUCGCCGGCAUCUGUCAAACGUCUUUGACACUGACUGCGGUACACUACGGCCUGGGCAAGCGGCAAGAGUUGCUGUCCCCUGACCAGCUCGACACGGCCAUGAAGUACAACUACACAGCCAACCUCGUCUACAUCAUCGCCAUAUGCAGCGCAAAGUGCUCCAUGUCCCUGCUCAUGGCGCGCCUCACCCGCUACACGCACUCGCGCAUCGCCAGCCACGCCAUCAGCUGCCUCGCCAUUGCGUGGGCCAUCACGGCCCUCUUCGUCCUGGGCUUCCAAUGCCCCGGGCCCCGACCGUGGAACACGCAGGACCUCUCGCGUUGUCCGUCCUUUUUCACUCGAUGGGUCGCCAUCGAAGCCUUUAGCGUCCUCAUCGAGGUUCUCAUCUCCAGCAUGGCCGUCGUCCUGGUCUGGAACCUCUCCAUGGCCACCAAGACAAAGGUCAUGGUCGUCUGCGCUUUUUCCGCUCAGCUCCUCAUCGUCAUCCCGAUUGCCUUUCGCCUUGACUUUCUCCGCGCCCGCGUAUCCGGGAGCGACGCGACAUUCGACACGACCAACGCGGCCAUCAGCACCCAGGUCGUUGUGCACCUCUCCAUCAUGGCCGCCACAUUCCCCUGCUUCAGGCAGUUCUUGCAGGCCUUUGACAGUGGCCUCGGCGCCACGACCAAGAUCCCGACAGAGCUCGGGACUGGCAGCCAGUCCCACAGUGGAUACGUGCUGCAAUCUCUAAGCGGAACAUGUGACGAGGGACGGUCCGUCAACAAGCAACAUGCACCUACAAAGCUACGGCCGGAUCCCACGGCCGAAAUCACCAGCGAGGCGACGGCCGACGGCCAAGAUCCCUCUCCUAGCGAGACGCGGAGGAGCACCGACAGCUUUGGCAGCGACAAGGCCAUCAUAUGGAAGACACAAAAGUGGGAAAUCCGAUACGAGUCACGCGAGUAA